UAGUGAAGCAAGGAAGCAAAGAGGCUGAUUAAUUUCCGAGGAGGAGGAGGAAGGCUGAAUCGUGGCGAGGACGCAAGACGAAGAAAGAGGGUCCGGUGACCUUUGAGGAGGAGGAGGCAGCAGUUGUGCAUUUCACGGAGGAGGCGUGGGCUCCGCUGGAUCCGGGCCAAAGCGCUCUGCACAGGGAAGCCAUGGAGGAGAAUUAUGAGAUUGGAGCCUCUUUUAAACCAGACCUCAUUUCGUGUUGGGAAGAAGAAAAUCCGGUGAUGCAGGAACCCAAAGAAGAGGAGGAGACCUCAGCAGGAUACAACUUGGGGGUCAAGGCUGAGGGAGAACCGACUGAAGUAUCACUGGAAAAAGCUGAGUUGCAGGUGCAGGAACAGACACUGAGGAGUCAAGAUGGAACAAAGAGAAAAGAGGAGAGACAAACGCACACAGGGGACAAACCUUAUAAAUGCUUGGAGUGUGGAAAGAGCUUCAGUCGGAGUGGGAACCUUACUUUGCAUCACAGAAUUCACACAGGGGAAAUACCUUUUAAAUGCUUGGAGUGUGGAAGGAGCUUCAAUGACAGUAGCUCCCUUACUUCGCAUCAAAGUGCUCACACAGGAGACAAACCUUAUCAAUGCUUGGAGUGUGGAAAGAGUUUCAAGUGGAGUAGCAACCUUACUUCGCAUCUAAGAACUCACACAGGAGACAAACCUUAUAAAUGCUUGGAGUGUGGAAAGAGCUUCAGUCGGAGUAGCAACCUUACUUCGCAUCACAGAAUUCACACAGGGGACAAACCUUAUAAAUGCUUGGAGUGUGGGAAAAGCUUCAUGGGGAGUGGUGCCCUUACGGUGCAUCAAAGAACUCACACAGGGGACAAACCUUAUAAAUGCUUGGAGUGUGGAAAGACCUUCAGUCAGAGUAGCAACCUUACUUCGCAUCACAGAAUUCACACAGGGGACAAACCUUAUAAUUGCUUUGACUGUGGGAAAAGCUUCAUGGGGAGUGGUGCCCUUACGGUGCAUCAAAGAACUCACACAGGGGACAAACCUUGUAAAUGCUUGGAGUGUGGGAAGAGCUUCAGGUGGAGUUGCCAGCUUAUUAUACAUGAAACAACUCACACAGGAGACAAACCUUAUAGAUGCUUGGAGUGUGGAAAGAGCUUCAGUCGGAGUAGCAACCUUACUUCGCAUCACAGAAUUCACACAGGGGACAAACCUUAUAAAUGCUUGGAGUGUGGGAAAAGCUUCAGGGACCGUGGCGCCCUUACGGUGCAUCAAAGAAUUCACACAGGGGACAAACCUUAUAAAUGCUUGGAGUGUGGAAAGACCUUCAGUCAGAGUAGCCCCCUUACUUUGCAUCAAAGAUGCCACACAGGAGACAAACCUUAUCAAUGCUUGGAGUGUGGAAAGAGCUUCAGUCAGAGUAGCAACCUUAUUUUGCAUCACAGAAUUCACACAGGGGACAAACCUUAUAAAUGCUUGGAGUGUGGGAAAAGCUUCAGGGACCGUGGCGCCCUUACAGUGCAUCAAAGAAGUCACACAGGGAACAAACCUUAUCAAUGCUUGGAGUGUGGAAAGACCUUCAGUCAGAGUGGCCACCUUACUUUGCAUCACAGAAUUCACACAGGAGACAAACCUUAUCAAUGCUUCGACUGUGGGAGAAGCUUCAGGGAGCGUAGCGCCCUUACGGUGCAUCAAAGGACUCACACAGGGAACAAACCUUAUAAAUGUUUGGAGUGUGGAAAGACCUUCAAUCACAAUAGCACCCUUAUUGCACAUCAAAGAAUUCACACAGGGGACAGACCUUAUCAAUGCUUGGAAUGUGGAAAGAGCUUCAGACGGAGUAGUGACCUUAGUUCCCAUCAAAGAACUCACACAGGGGACAAACCUUAUCAAUGCUUGGAGUGUGGAAAGACCUUCAGUCAGAGUGGCCACCUUACUUUGCAUCACAGAAUUCACACAGGAGACAAGCCUUAUCAAUGUUUCGACUGUGGGAGAAGCUUCAGGGAGCGUAGCGCCCUUACGGUGCAUCAAAGAACUCACACAGGGAACAAACCUUAUCAAUGCUUGGAGUGUGGAAAGAGCUUCAGUGACAGUAGCUCCCUUACUUCGCAUCAAAGAACUCACACAGGAGACAAACCUUAUCAAUGCUUGGAGUGUGGAAAGAGUUUCAAGUGGAGUAGCAACCUUACUUCGCAUCUAAGAACUCACACAGGAGACAAACCUUAUAAAUGCUUGGAGUGUGGAAAGAGCUUCAGUCGGAGUAGCCACCUUACUUUGCAUCACAGAAUUCACACAGGGGACAAACCUUAUAAAUGCUUGGAGUGUGGGAAAAGCUUCAUGGGGAGUAGCACCUAUACUCAACAUCAAAGCACUCACAUGGGACAAAUGUUGUAAAUGCUUGAUGUGUGGAAAGAGCUUCAGUCAGAGUGGUCACCCUUGUUUGCAUUACAGAACACAUACAGGGAACAAACCUUAUACCUGCUUGUAGUGUUGAAAGACCUUUCAUCAUAAUGGCUACCUUCGGGCACAUGGAAGGAUCCAUACAAGUGAAGAGAUGUAUUAAUGCUUUGAAUGUGGAAAAAGCUUUAAGCAGAGUUCAACUCUUUCUGUGCAUCAAAGGAUCCAUAUGGGGAAGCCGGGUUACGAACAGGCUUUUUAUGGGGAGUUUCAGACCCCCAACAAUCUUUUUCUUUUAGCUUAACCACAGACUGUUCCACUUCCCUUCGCCUAUUUUGGUGGCCUGUCAAUUUUUUCUUUGCAGAGACAGAGGUUUUGGCUUUUCCAGAGUUGGGUGAGUACCCAAGAUGGAUGCUGAGGCCAAGGUGUAUGCAGAAGCCAAAAUGGCCUCUCAGUCGUCAAGUUUUCCCCCUUCAAUUUCCCCCCUCUAGCUGCCAAAUUCAAUAUUCAGUUAAUGACAUUUCAUGUAUUUAUCUCCUUCCUCUAGAUCCUCCCCCUCUGUCAUUGUUACCUCCAUGUGCAUCAUUUGAACAUCAGACUUAGUCUUUGUUACACGGCAUUUAAUACAACAUAACACCAACUAGACUAUUACAUAUAUGUGCACGACCAAGCAUAAUCCCGUUAUAACAUAUUUUAGCAGAGAUGGGAAUGGCUGGGUCGGUUUCAGCUCACUGUUGUUGUGCUCCUGUACUUAUCUCUUAAUACUCUCCUUUAGCAGCUGAGAUUUGUUUUUGCCUUGGCUUUUGAAUGUUUGUUCUUGCUUCCUGCUGGACGUGAAGAUUAGUUCUUAUAGUCUACCCCAGCUGGUGAGAGGUUUGACUUUGUCUCUACAUCCCCCCUCCUCAAGUUUCUUUAGCAGAGGAAGCUCUUGCCGAAGCCUUUAUCGGAACAGGACUGUUGCAGUUUAUGGCAAGAGAGGUUGUGUAAAUUAUCCACUCUGCUGCCAGUUUAGAACAUCCCCGUCUUUAAUCUGAAGAUCUGGACCCAUAAUUUACCUCAGCUCCUGUCAAGAUUUCAGAUGUCUAUCUUAAUUAUGUCCCCAUUAAGGGGUGGCAGAAUAUCAUGCUCACCAGGAAAAAGUGCAGAGACCUGGGGAUUACUCCCAACCUGCAGUGCAGUCCUCCUGAUACACAGAGAAGGCAAUUUAAAACCACUCAGUUCUUCAAGCUAGAGGGGGAGAAGGAGGUGCAGAGCUGGAGAAUAACAAGUUUGCGAGAAAUCACAGAGACGGCUCCAAAGUUUGUCAUGUAUCGAGGGGGCAGUGAGUGUGGCCUGAACUUUGCUGACAAGAACAUAAGAGGUGCCCUGCAAGUGAAUCAGGCUACAUGGAAAUGGACUGCCUCCAAGUCUAUCUCAACUUAUGGCAACCCUAUGAAUGGGGCUGUCAUGGUAAGCGGUAUUCAGAGGGGGUUUGCCAUUGCCUCCCUCUGAGGCUAGUCCUCCUCAGCUGGUUAGGGCCUGCUCAGCUUGCCACAGGUGCACAAGCCAGCUCCUUCCUUGUCCACAACUGCCAGCUGGGGGGCAACUGGGCUCCUUGGGACUAUGCAGCUUGCCCAUGGCUGCACAGGUGGCAGGGCAGGUAACCCCUGAGCCAUUCACUGUGGGGGGUGAUCUUUAGCUGGCCCUUGACACCCAGGAGACAUGAUCUAAAUCCAGCAUGCUGUUCCUCAGAGUGGCCAAUGAGGCACCCCUGGGAAGCCCACAAGCACCAGGGCAUGAGAGCAUAGCCCUCUCCUCAUAUUCUUCUCCAGCAACUGGCAUUCAGGGACAUGUUGCCUCCAACCUUGGAAUUCUUUUUUAAGACCAUGUGCAAUGGUGACCAUCACCACAUCUUGUGGCAGAGAGAUCCAGUUUGACUAUAUGCUCUGCGAAGAAGUACUUCCUUCUGUCAAGGGUCGACUUCCGGUUGACUUCCAG